CCCUUCAGGUGCUUGGAAUGUGGGAAGAGCUUCAGGGUGAGCACCCAACUCCUCAUCCACCAGCACAUCCACACUGGGGAACGGCCCUACACAUGUAGGGAAUGUGGGAAGAGCUUCAGCCAGAUGUCCCACCUCCGCACCCACCGUCGAAUCCACACUGGGGAACGACCCUACACGUGCCAGGAAUGUGGGAAGAACUUUAGAGAGAGCUCCAGCCUCCGCACCCACCAGCGCAUGCACGCUGGCGAAGCACCCUACAGCUGUGGGGAAUGUGGGAAGAGCUUCAGCCGGAGCACCAGCCUGAUCCAACACCAGCACAUUCACACCGGGAAAGGGCCCUACAUGUGUGGGGAAUGUGGGAAAAGCUUUGGUGUCAGCUCCAGCCUCCGCAUCCACCAGCGCAUCCACACUGGGGAACGUCCCUACAGCUGUGGAGAAUGUGGGAAGAGCUUCAGCCAGAGCUGGAACCUGAUCCGACACCAGCGCAUGCACACCGGGAAACGGCCCUACACGUGUGGGGAAUGUGGGAAGAGCUUCAGGCACAGAAUCAACCUGAUCCAACACCAGCGCAUCCACACUGGGGAGAGGCCCUGCAAGUGUGGGGAAUGUGGAAAGAGCUUCAGGAAAAGCUCCCACCUCCACACUCACCAGCUCAUCCACACUGGGGAACGGCCCUACAAGUGCUUGGAAUGUGGGAAGAGGUUUCAGACCAGCUCCAAUCUCCUCGCACAUGAGCGGAUACACACAGAGGAGAGGCCCUUCCGCUGCACCGACUGCGGGAAGGGCUUCAACCGGAACGGCAACCUCGUCAGGCACCGGCGCAUCCACACCGGGGAGAGGCCCUACAAGUGUGAGGAGUGUGGGAAGAGCUUCAGCCACAGCUCUACCUUGACCCAACACCAACGGACCCACCAAUAA